UGCGCUGCGUUCGGACUGACGACUGCGUGAAAUUGUAGUCGCAAAUCUCAGUCGACGAGCUUAGUGUCUUUUUGGUUGUGUACAAAAUUUAUUUAUUUUCGUUACGUUUAACAAGAAUUGUUAUUGUAUUAUUUCGAACUCUUUGGUUGUGUUGUGUUACUUGUGUUUAGUUUCGUGUGGCAUUGAGGAGGCUGGUACUUUAAUCUAAUGUAAUUAAUAUCAACAUCCAAGAUGCCUGUGUUUCAUACUAAGAUAAUCGAAAGUAUUUUAGAGCCGGUCGCUCAACAGGUAUCUCGACUGGUGAUCCUUCACGAAGAAGCCGAAGAUGGCAACGCUAUGCCAGACCUGGCGCGGCCAGUCCAGGCCGUGUCGCUUGCCGUCAAUAAUUUGGUUAAGGUGGGGCACGAGACAAUCGAGUCGUCAGAUGACACGAUCCUGCGAGCGGACAUGCCGGGCGCGCUGCGGCGGGUGGAGGGCGCGGCCACGCUGCUGCAGCAGGCUUCGGACAUGCUGAGAACUGAUCCAUACUCGGGGCCGGCUAGGAAAAAGCUGAUAGAAGGCUCUCGUGGUAUAUUGCAGGGGACAUCAGCGUUGCUGCUAUGCUUUGAUGAAUCCGAAGUGAGGAAGAUAGUCAGAGAGUGUAAAAAGGUACUGGAUUACCUCGGCGUGGCUGAAGUCAUCGACACAAUGGAGGACCUGGUGCAGUUCCUUAGGGACAUAUCUCCGGCCCUGUCUAAAGCUGCGAGAGAGGUUGCGGCCCGCGCUGCUGAGCUGACCCACCCGCCGCACGCGGAGACGCUCGCGCGUUGCCUCGAAAGCGUGAAAAAGCUGGCGCCCGUGCUCAUAUGCGCUAUGAAGAUAUACAUACAUAUAUUGUCUGAAGGCGGUAAGGGGAUAGAAGAUGCUGCAGAAAAUAGGAAUUAUUUGGCGCAGCGUAUGGCGGAUGAAAUACAUGAAAUCAUCAGGGUGCUACAAUUGACGUCAUACAUAGAGGACGGCGGGGAAAAGGACAACAUCGCAGUACUGAAAGCGCUGCAGACACAGAUACAUAGCAAGGCGGGAGCUGCACAUGAAUUCCUGAAUGAUCCGGGCGCGCUGCGCAACUCGGGCGGCGAGCGCGCGCUGCGCUGCGUGCUGACGGCCGGCCAGCGCGCCGCCGAGCACCUCGCGCCCGCGCGCGCCGACGCGCUGCGCGCCACCGUGCGAUCCGGUGGCAUUAACGCUGACGUGCUCUGUGACGAGCGCCAGUAUGGACGCGGGAGAGAGCCUAAGGCGCAGAAACUGUGCUCCGAGUUGGGGAGUCAGCUGGACGAAGUGGAGGGGAUCGUGAACGAGGGGGUGAGGGCCGCGGAGAAGCAGGGCGGCAAGACUAUGCAAGCUAGAUUGGAAGCGGCUCACAAGUGGUUGCUCCACCCGGCAGCCGAACCGGCCACCCGGCUCGAAGGACAGAAGGCCAUCAGUAGCAUAGUAGCACAAGGGCACACAAUCGCUGACAACCUGCAAGGCCGCGAGAAAGCGGAGAUAAUGCAGCUGUGCUCGGAGGUGCAACGCCUGUCCGACAAGUUGGCCGACCUGUGCCUCAGCGGCCGCGGCGACUCGGAGGAGGCUAGGGCUGUCACUAGGGAGUUAACGGACAAGCUGCACGAGCUGCAGCGCGGGCUGGAGCGCGCGGUCGUGAACCGCGUGGUCGAGGACUUCAUCGACGUGGCCGCGCCGCUGCGACACUUCACCGACGCGGUCAACGCGCCCGUCGGCUCGGCGGGGCGCGAGGCUCGCUUCGAGGAGCGGGCGCGCGCGCUGCAGGCGUUCAGCGCGCGCGCCGCCGCCGCCGCCGGCAUGGUGGCGGCCGGCGUGCGCCACAACAAGCGCCUCGCCGACCUGCUGCACCACAACGCUAAGGAGGUGGAAAAGCUAUCUCCUCAACUGAUCUGUGCUGGAAAAAUUCGAUUACACUACCCUGAUAGUAAGGUGGCUGAGGAGCAUUUCACGAACCUGAAGAACCAGUACGCGGACGCCGUGCUGCGCUGCCGGGACCUGUGCGACCAGGCCGUGGACCCGCUGGACUUCGUCAGGACCGCUGGUGAAUUAAUGCAGAAACACACGUACCUAUGCGAAGAUGCGAUCCGCACGAAUGACUCCCAGAAAAUGGUGGACAACACUUCUGCUAUUGCCAGGCUCGCCAACCGCGUGCUGCUGGUGGGCGGGGCGGAGCGCGAGAACACGGAGGACGGCGAGUGGGCGGGCGCGCUGGGCGCGGCGCAGCGCCGCCUGCAGGACGCCAUCGCGCCCGCCGUGCGCCAGGCCAAGCGCCUCGCGCUGGGCGACGCCGCCGCCGCGCCCGCCUGGCGACACGCCAACGGCGAGAUCCUCAAAGCGUCGUCCGGCGUGGAGGAGGUGCUGUCCCGGCAGUACGCGCCGCCGCCGCCGCCGCUGCUGCCGGCGCUGGCGGCGAUGUCGCUGGCGCCCCCGCGGCCGCCGCCCCCCGCGCCCCCGGCGCCGGGCGCCGCGCCCCCGCGCCCUCCGCCCCCCGACACGGACGACGAGGGCGAGGACAUAUUCGACCGCCAGCCGCACCCUAGCCAACCGAUCUUGGUGGCCGCCCACAACCUGCAUCGCGCAGUUCGCGAGUGGUCUUCGAAGGACAAUGAGAUCAUCGCAGCCGCCAAGAGGAUGGCCAUCCUCAUGGCGAGGCUUUCUGACCUCGUGCGAUCUGACUCUAAAGGUAGCAAACGUGAGUUGAUAGCCACGGCCAAGGCGAUCGCGGAAGCCUCGGAGGAGGUGACGCGCCUCGCCAAGAAGCUGGCCCUGGAGUGCACCGACAAGAGGAUCCGAACUAACUUGCUGCAAGUGUGCGAGAGGAUCCCGACGAUUGGCACGCAGCUGAAGAUCCUGUCCACGGUUAAAGCAACCAUGUUGGGAGCGCAAGGAAGCGAAGAGGACCAGGAGGCGACUGAAAUGUUGGUGGGCAACGCGCAAAACCUGAUGCAGAGCGUGAAAGAAACUGUGAAAGCCGCCGAAGGAGCGUCGAUCAAAAUAAGGACGGAGCAAGGCGCCUACCGGCUGCGGUGGGUGAGGCGCUCGCCUUGGUAUCAGAUUUAAUCGAAAAAUGUACAUUUUUUGUACCUUUUAUGGUACUUAAAUAAGAAAAAACAACAUGGCUAUAGCAAUUGGAUGAAAAAUCAACAAAUUUUUUGUCCACAUUCAAAAUAGAUAGAAAUAAAGAAAACAGCGAAAGGGGCAUUCAAAGUUAUUAGAAAAAGCAAUAAAAAUAUAAAAUAAUACAUGCUAGCUUAAUAUUAAGAAAUUUAUAAUAAUAUACAGAUCAUGUAAUACAUUAUUUUGAUAAAUAAAUUCUCAAAAAAUCUUCCCAUUAUAUAUAUCUUAUAGGUUAUACACGGUUGCUAUAUAACUUCUGAUUCUUUUUAUUACAAAUAUAAUAUAUAUACAAGCAAUAAUAGCUCAUAAGAAUGAGUAUAGAAAGGCUAAAUUUGCGUCAAAGCGCAAAUAAAUAAGAAAAGAUCUUUGUGUUAUGGCUUGGUGGUGUUAAAAAAAUAUAAUAUACAGUCUGAUUAUAUUUACGUAUAGUAUGUAAUAAAUGUAU